AUGGCAUCGGUCGAGCUACUGGUGCUGAGGCUGGAGGCGAAGCGGAAGGCCUCGUCGGCUCCGCUGCGUCAUCUGAUUCUGGUGCGGAACGCAAGGGAUCGCAUGUUGACCCGGCGUGAGGCGCAGAAGCGUGGGCGCCACGGCCGCCGGCGACCGGCACGGGCAGCGAUGCGGAAGCGGGCCAAGACUACAGGUUCGGCGUCAAGCGAGAAGAAGGCGGCCAAGAAGGCGGCGGCGUUGAAGGCCAAGCUGAGCAAGGCGCGGCUGCGGCUGAAAAAGUCGGAGCAGGCGCGGGAAGCAGCCAAGGCGCGAGUGGGCGGUCAUGCGGUCGACGGAAGCGAGCAGGCGAGCCCGGCCGGCUUGGACGACGGCGGGAUGCAACGUGUGGAGAUGUGCAAUUGGGUGGCGCGAGUGGCGUCAUGGGCACUCGACUCGUCGCCCGAGGUCACGCCGACCGGCCUCAUCACCUCGACCGCGCCGCUGCUGGUCUUCAAGAUGCUCAACGACGAGAUCUCACGAACGGUGGGCGUGUCGCUCACGCGGGUCUUCCGCGCCGCGUCGGGCGUCGGUGCUCUGGCGUCGCCGUCGUGGGCUUCGCUUGCUUCGCCCGCCGCUACCUCGCUCCUUCUCUCGCCACCGGCGCCGGGCUUCUCGCCCCUGGCAGCGUCGCGGGCAGCCAACGCGUCGGCUCCGCUCGGGCACGACCGCCGGUACCUCGACUCGGACGACGACGAGCCGUCAUCGGCGCUGGCCAGCUCGUCAUCGUUCGGCUCGCUGCCGACCCCGCCGCCGAGCUCAGCCUCGCCACCAUCGCCCAUGGGUGCGAGCUCUCUCGCGCGGUCCCGGGCGGCAUCCUCUGCUGAUAUACGCACAUCGUCGCAGUCGCCGCCGUCACGGCGGGGCGACCAGGGCACAGGAAGAAGUCCGACCGGCAGCUCGUCGCUGGUAGGCGGGCCUAAGUUCCCGGACGAGACGUCGACCAAGCGGAACUACGCGGUGGUGCGGGCGGCCGUGGAAGCGCUACUGCACUUGCAGACGCUGCCGUCGCCGCUGCGACCAAGCGUGCUGUAUCCGAAUGGCGAGAGCGUGGGGAGCGAUGAUGGCGACGAGGGCGACCACAUCGACGCCCUCAUUCUCGCGGUCAACGAUGCGUCCGAGGCACUUGCGCUCAGCAGCCGACUGGCAGUUGUCAUCGGGGCACUGUUUACCUCGCCGUACGUCAGCGCGCUCGAGGCGCAGGUCGAGGUUGUGCGGCGCGGGUUCUACGAGCUCGGACGCGAGGCGCUCGAUGCGCUAGCAGCAAUGGUUGCCGGCGAUGUGGCCAGCUCGCUGCGGAGCCUGAUCACGACGCGGUGGUAUGCGGAGCACCCGGCUGCAGCAGACACCAUCACCAUGACGCUCGCCGACUACUACGCAGAUUUGAAGCAGCUCAUGGCGCCCGAGUUUUUUGCCAAGCUCGCGCGCCACCACCUGCGUCUGGUGCUCGACGCGUACCUGGACGCACUGCUGCGUGCGGCGAGGAGUCCGCAGCCGCUGGCGUGGCAUGUCUCGGGCUCGAUCCUGCUGGCGGUAGACCUCGCGCAGUUGGAGGAGAUGUUUGUGGGCGUGCUGGAGCGGCCAACGGUGGAACGGCUCAUGCUCCCGCUGUGGGAGCUCUGGGCGCUGCUCAUCCUGCAGGACGAGGAGUUUGUGGUCUCACUGGCGGCAGCGGUGGUCGAGGCGAGCGAGCUGCGGCUCGAGGCAGGCGACGUCGAGCAUCUCUUUGAGCUGCGGACCGACACCGCGGUGACGGCCAAGAUGGUGUCGGCGGUGGCGCGAGCGGCGCACGAUCCGCUCUCGGUUUCGAGCCCAUUCUCGAUGUCUCAGCGGCGUUCACUUGUCCGGGUCUGUCGGGUCAAGGUUCUUGAACGCGCCGACGUGGGUGCGAUUCGGGCGAGCGUGGCCGAGGCGCUGACGGCGCGACAGACUGCACCGUCGCCAACGUCCGACUCGUCGCCGCCGUCGUUCUUCCUCGCCCGCUACGACUCGAUGCUCAUUCUCGACGCACCGACAGCGGCACAAGCGCAGGGCAGGCUGGGCGCUAGCCUCGAUCGCGGACACGAGGCGUCGUCAGCUGAGUCGGAUCUGCUCUCGGAGCCGACCGACGAGCAACUGACGCACCCGCGCAACUCGCAGCUCUCGUCGUCGCCGGACUCGCCGGGGCCAAAGCUGAUGGGCGCGGUCGGCGCGGUGUGGCUCGGCUCGACCGAGUCGGAAACGGCGUCAGGAAGCGAGAGCGAGUCGAGCGUACAGAUGGGUGUCUGCGGGCCGAUGGACGAGUUUGUGGCCAGCGGUGGUGGUGGCGGCGGUGGCGGAGCGAGCGCGUCGUCGUCGGGGUGGUCGUUUAGCGACUCGGGCUCCGAGUCUGGCUCGGGAGCGGUUGGCGGCGUGGUAGUUCUGAGGAUGGAGUGA